UCUAUUCGUUUUGGUUUUUUUUUAAAGAUUCGACUUCUUUGGGCAUCGUGAAUCCAACCCAUUUUGCUUUGCUGACAUAACUACAGGAUUUACAAAUUUUUCGCUAAAACAUGUCAGAAAGAGGAGGUCGCGGUCAUUAUCACAGCGGAGGACGAGGUGGCGAACGAGGAGGUCGCGGUGGACGUGGAGGAAGUCGUGGCGGUCGCGGCAAUUACUACAACAAUCAACAACAAGAGAAACCAAAGAAAGAAUCUAUUUUGGACUUGAGUAAAUACAUGGAGAAGAAGAUCCGCGUACGAUUCAAUGGCGGUCGAGAAGUUGUGGGUAAACUAAUGGGAUAUGAUCAACUGUUGAACCUGGUAUUGGACGACACAAUCGAAUAUCUUAAAGAUCUGGAAACUGGAUAUGUUACAAGCCAAACACGAGAGUUAGGAUUAGCGGUAUUGCGUGGCACUGCUGUCAUUUUGAUCUCACCUUUUGAUGGCAUGGAAGAAAUCGAGAACCCUUUCGCACAGUAGACCCCCCCAAAAAAAGUUUUUCACUCAACCCAUAAAACAAGAACAACACAAUUGUAUAAAAACGCAAUGAAAAAAGAAGAAAGAAA